UAUAACCUGUCCCAGUGCAUGCUGUCGGGAAACAUGGCGGGUCCGUGGUGGAGGCACUGUCAGAGAUGGAGUACAAACUGUACGAGUACGAGUUUAUUUGAGACGUUGUGGCAGUUAAACUGCAGGUCUGUGGCCCUCUCCGCGUCCUCUCUGGGGCUGACUUCCUGGAGCUCCAGGCCGGGGAACGAGGGGCGACCAUCAUCACUGCCAACAGAAACCAAAUGGAAAUCUUUAAACCUUACCUCACCCAUCAUCAGACACAAGUCCCGACUGCUGGAUCCCAAACUCCAGACGUGCUGCUGCAGAACGAUACACAGCGAUGCAAAGCUGAAAGACCCCUUCACACUAGCACAGAAAGAUCUAAAGAGUUUAUAUGACGACAUUAGAAAGGAGCUGUUUGUUUCCAAAGAAGAGCUGAAGUAUCUUUGUGACUACUACUUUGAUGGCAAAGGCAAAGCAAUCCGACCAAUGAUCGUCGUCCUGAUGGCCCGGGCGCUAAAUAUUCACAGCAACAGAUCUGGAGAUCUGCUCCCGGGGCAGAGGGCCAUCGCUAUGAUCUCAGAAAUGAUCCACACAGCCAGCCUGGUGCACGACGACGUCAUUGAUGGCUCGGAUAAACGGCGAGGAAAGAGAACCAUCAAUGAACUGUGGGGGGAAAGAAAGGCGAUCCUGGCUGGAGAUUUCAUCCUGUCUGCUGCCUCCAUGGCGUUGGCUCGUAUCGGUAACAUCACGGUUGUAAAGGUGUUGUCCCAGGUUAUAGAGGACCUGGUGCGCGGUGAGUUCAUGCAGCUGGGCUCCAAGGAGAACGAGAACGAGAGAUUCAAGCACUACCUCGAGAAAACCUUCAAGAAGACGGCGAGUCUUAUUGCAAACAGUUGUAAAGCAGUUUCCAUUCUAGUAAAUUCUGACCCUGAAGUUCAUGAAAUAGCUUACCAGUACGGGAAGAACGUCGGCAUCGCAUUUCAGCUGGUGGAUGAUGUCUUAGACUUCACAUCUGGGGCCAAUCAGCUGGGGAAACCUGCAGCUGCAGAUCUCAAACUGGGCCUGGCAACAGGGCCGGUCCUGUUUGCUUGUCAGCAGUUUCCUGAGCUUCAUGCAAUGAUCAUGAGACGUUUCAGCUCUAAAGGAGACGUAGAUCGAGCCUGGCAGUAUGUCCUUCAGAGCGAUGGCGUGCAGCAGACCAACUACCUGGCCCAGCGUUACUGCCAGGAAGCGAUCAGGCAGAUCAGCAUGCUGAGGCCGUCUGCAGAGAGAGACGCCCUCAUCAGGCUCACUGAGAUGGUUCUUACCAGGGACAAGUGAGCCUCUGCUGAACUCCUCUUCAGGCAGCUACACACCUACCCGUGGGGAAAGAAACUCACCCUGAAUCCUCCUCCCUGAUGUCGGCACAGACGGGGGUUGGACAGAAACUAAGAGAGAAGUGAUGGGCGUUGGUUUGGAAGGAUCCCUGUGGCUGCUUUAGUGCCAAGCGAUCUGAUUAAUCACAGUGAAAGGAUGGAAACGGCACACAGGGGUCUGACUGAGCUGUCAAACACACCCAGACAUUUACAUGACCACCAGAUUCACAAGUGUGAUAAAAAAAUACAUGCACUUGAAUUUUGAUGCAAAUCCAGCUGACUCAGACUUGAAUCGGACGGACAUAUAAUGAUUUGAGACAAUAUAUAAAUAUAUUUAAUGAUUGGAUAAAGUUAAACUACACCCCUAUCUCCUCACUGCUUGGCAGUACUGUACCUGCAAAAACCUCCAAACACUCAAAACAAGCAAAGUCUGAUUAAAACGUUUGUCGCAUGCUCAUGCUGAGCUGUGGUGGUGCUGAAGAAUUAGGCUACACACUCAAAGAAGACGAGAGCGUCAUCGGUGUGUUUGUUUGGAUCGAUUAUUUUUGUCUUUCCAGAUCCGUCCACACCCCCGAGGCCAAACGGUUACACGUUCAUAUGACUUGUGAAAUGUUAUGAGGUUGCUUCUGUAAUACAAAGUGCCCUGUAACAACCAAGGCCUUAACAUCUGCAACAACUGUGUGCUCAAUAAAUAUACUAUUAUGUGUUUUUUUAUUUAAA